AUAUCAUAAAAACUUCUAGACGCAAAUGCUAACACUCUAUCUUUAUAUACACUUCCCAAAUUCCUCAAUUAACCAAAACUAAAGAUGAAGCUAAUCCCAUACCUAAACUCACCUCUUCACUCAUCUCUCAUAAUCCUCCUCUUCUUAACCACAUUUUCUCAUCAAACAACCCUACCACCUUCUUAUCCACCACCCCAAAACCCUAGCCUCCAAAAUGCUUACCUUGCUCUCCAAGCAUUCAAGCAUGCAAUCACCUCGGACCCAAAAGGCUUCACUUCAAACUGGUACGGCCCCUACGUUUGCAACUACACCGGAGUCUACUGCGCCCCGGCUCCCGACAACCCUAGCCACCAAACCGUAGCCGGAAUCGACCUCAACCAUGCAGAAAUCUCCGGGUACUUACCGGAGCCUCUAGGGCUUCUCAAAGACCUAGCGCUCUUCCACAUCAACUCUAACCACUUCUACGGAACACUGCCACAAAGCUUCUCGAAUCUUCGACUCCUCUACGAGCUCGAUAUCAGCAAUAACGCCUUCUCGGGGGAGUUCCCCCGAGUCGUUUUUGACCUAACUUCGCUAAAAUUUCUCGAUAUUCGAUUUAAUCAGUUUCAAGGUGAAAUUCCGCCAAAUAUUUUCAACAUGAAACUUGAUGCUUUAUUCAUCAACAACAACAAUUUCCAAUCGAAUAUACCCGAAAACAUCGGGAACUCCCCGGUUUCCGUAUUUGUCUUAGCUAACAAUAACCUAAAAGGUUGUUUCCCAUCUAGUAUAACAAAAAUGUCCAACCUCAACGAGCUCAUCCUCUCAAACUCGGGGUUAACCUCAUGUUUGCCCUACGAUAUCGGUGCGUUGACCGGAUUGACCGUUUUCGACAUCAGCUUUAAUACAAUGACAGGGCCUUUGCCGGAGUCAAUGGGGAGAAUGAAGAGCUUAGAGCAACUAAACGUUGCGCAUAACCGAUUUUCGGGGAAGGUUCCGGCGAGUAUAUGUUACUUGCCGAGGCUUGAAAAUUUUACGUAUUCGGAUAAUUAUUUUUACGGUGAAGAUUCGAUGUGUUUGAAGUUGGCGGAGAAAGAUGAUCGGAAAAAUUGUUUGCCAGCGAGGCCGUUGCAGAGGUCGGUUGAGGAGUGUAAGGCGUUUUAUUGGAAGCAUGUGGAUUGUGCUUCGUCGGGUUGUUCGGCUAGGAGUCAUCCGCCAUACGGACAUUGACAAUGCAUAAUUGUUUUGAAAACGCUUAAAAAAAACUGGUUAGUUUUGAAAAAUUUACGUUCACAAUGAUUAGUUCUGUUAAGGAGCCUUGUUUUGAGUUAUUUUAUGUUUGCAUUUGAUUGUUCGUUUUGGGGAGUUUGGGGGUUUUGUUUUUGUGUAAUUUGUUGGUAGUAGUUAGUGAUUUCGUGUGGUUUUUUAGUCAUCUUAUCAUUCUUUAGUCUUAACUAUUGUUUCGCUUGUCUUUGACUUUAUAUGAGAUUAUUGAUGUAUUUAUUA